UUCUGCAGCCUGAAAGUAUGCAAAAUAUGUUUGUUAUUUGAAAAGCGCCCGCAAAGCCGCCUAGAUUGAGAAAACUGCAGCAACAGCAACAGGAAGAAGGACCCCAUAGCAAGGAUCACUGCAGCCUGGCUCAAAAGCUGUGCUCAUGGUCACCACCCCCUGAUAAUGCCGAUAACGAAGAAUCCUUGGGAAUUCUACAACAGGAUUACCUAGCUGCGGAAGUAAUGCCCACUGUGAGGCAGCCGCGGAAAAGGCGAAUUGCACCACAACCACCACCAAAACCAUCACCCAAACCUAGGAAAAUGAGGGGGGCAAGGCUACAAAAUGAUCAGAAUGAUCACUGUGCGUUCAUUGAGCAGCUUUUUGCAACCACAAAUGAGGCAACAACGCUCAGAGCCAUAUCCACAGUGGGCGAGACAUCGGCUCAGGCAGAAAUAAUAACAGCAUUUACAGUGGUUGCGGACGACUUGGUCAGUUUGGAUUACACCGAUUCCUUAGAGUACCAAAACUGUAGCAGCGACGAUUGUUGCUACGCCUCGAAUGACACCUUAACCCAUGGCAGCCAGCGGCAGCAGCAGCAGCUUCCACAUCAUCAUCAUCAUCAUCAUCAAGAUCAUCAUCACCAUUCAAGUGGAAACUGUCAUCAUCCCGUGGAUGAGGAGCUAAUUGAGGCCAAGUCAAGCCCAUUGCCUCCCUUAAAUGCUACCAAAGUUCAACCUCCAUCGAAACGUGAUCGUCCACUGAGCGAAAUAAGUGUCACAUCGGUGGAUACACCAUCGCCGAGCACGGCAAAGGCGUCCUAGAGCUACAGCGACGCUGUCGA